CUUGCCAAAAGCAUAUUUGCUUUUAUUUUGGCUUAAGCUUUUUUAAACAAAACUGGUACAAGUGAUUGAUCAAUCUCACUCAAGGCAGCAAAAUAUGGUUCUCUUUGCCAUUGUUGAGUUUGUAGCGACAUUAACUAUUGCCAUCAUACCUACAAAAUGGUUUGCCUCAAAGGAGGAGGAUGUCUGCUUCUGGCCACCUGCUGGCGCAAAUAUCAAGCAUCUUGUUCUUAAAGAGGUAACACCAACAGAAUCUUGGAGCAAAUUCAGCAUCAGGUGCUUGGGGAAAGCAACAAACUAUGAAAGGGCACGUGAGAAACUCCAGAAAGCAGAAACUACCUCUGACAUCCAGACGACAGAUACAGAGCUGCAAAAAGAGAGAAGGCCUAAGUUAAACAAAAGAGUACUGCCUUCGGACUCUGAGUCUGAAUGUGAUGACAUUGUGGUUCCACCACCUCCAAAGUCCUUCAUCCCUUGUUAUCCCCUGUCAACAUCAUCCUCUCUGGUUUCAUCACAUUCACUAGUUAGUUCUCAGUCACCUUCCAACUUCAACCUUCCUCGUCCUUCUGAAACGCUGUACACUACAAGACCUUCAAAUUUACUCAAUGAUUCUACUGGUCAGCUCAAUAGAAUUAAAAAUCUUUUGGGGAGAGUCUUAAGACAGCUAGAAGAAGUUAAAGAAACUCAGCGUGUACAAAUGACCAUGUUUAGAAGUCAACAACCAGUUCAAAAUGUUGCAAUACUUCCAGAAGGAGCCAUUUUUCCUUUGCUAACAGAAGAAGAUUUUACAUUAAUGGAAAGAAAACUUGAUGACAUCAAUUUCUUGAAUAGUGUAGUGAAUUUUAUUGCUGAUAUUGGGGGCAAUACUCUUGAAGAAGCAACUAAGCGGAUGAUGGCUUUUGUGAUGAGCAACAACUUAGCCAUGAAAUUUAACGUUUUUGGUCGUGGUGGCAAGAGAGGGUUUGGGUCCACCCGACUUUUUGAUACUGUGUAUAAGGCAAUUAAAGGAAACCAAAAAACAGCUGAGGUCAAUAAAAAAGACUUUGAGAAGGCAGUAGGAAAGUGGCUUUUGGGAAGUCGAGACCGCGACGGUAACCGUGCCAACCGAGUGAGGGCUUCGGCAAUUGCUGAAUAAUUCUUUUUAUUCUCAAUACAGUCACUUACAACA